AUGGCAUUCAAAUUUGUUGUCCUUUGCGCUGUUUUGGCUAUUGCCAAUGCCGGUCUUAGUCCAGUUGUAUACUCUGCUCCAGUUGCCCAUUACGCUGUUGCAAAUCCUUCAGUUGAUGCUGUAGGCUCAACCCAACACAAUGUUGUCCGUUCUUAUGCCGGUACCGUGUCUCAGUACUCCAAGGCCGUUGAUACUCCAUACUCAAGCGUUCGCAAGUCUGACACUCGCAUCAACAACAACGUCUACACUCCAACUUACGCCAAGGCUUUGACUUAUGCUGCCCCACAAGCUGUCUACGCUCACCAAGCUGCUCCAGCUGUUUACAGCCAACAAGUUGUAUCCCAUGCUGCUCCAGCUUUGUAUACUCAUCAAGUUGCCGCUCCAGCUACUGUCUAUUCUCAUGCUGCUCCAGCUGCUGUUGUUGCUCAUUCAGCUCCAAAUGCUUAUGUUAGCCAUGUUGACCCAACAAUCUCAGCCUACUCCAGCAAGACCAUCAGCUAUUCGCCAGCUGCUACUGUUGCUCAUGUUACCUUCGAUGGAUUCGGUGCUCACUACGGAUACUAA